AGCAGGAGCACCACAACACACAGUGAGGGCGAGGAGGAGGUCGAGUCGCUAUGUUCCACCCUCGCUGCGGCCGCUGCGUCCACCUCGCCAACGGGAACAAGACCGCCUUCAGGAGCAAUCCCACGCAGGAGUUUAACCGAGGACUCAUCUUCAGCCUCGAGCCCAUAAAAGAUAAUGAGGUGUUCGAGGUGACGAUCGAUAAGAAGCUGAAUACAUGGAGUGGAAGCAUUGAAAUAGGCGUCACCGUCUGCAACCCUGAUGUCAUUGAUAUCCCCAUCACUGCCACAGACCUGCGGGGAGGAACAUGGAUUAUGCUUGGACAGGGAGUCUUGAGGGACGGCCGCUCCCUCCAUGAGGCGUAUGGCUGUGACCUGGACAAGCUGGUGGAAGGGGACCGAGUGGGGGUGAUGAGGACAUCUCAGGGUGACCUCAAGUUCUAUGUGAAUGGAGAUUGCCAGGGUGUGGCAGCUGCCAACUUGCCACAGAUGCUAUACGCUGUGGUUGACAUGUAUGGCAAAUGUGCACAAGUGACUGUCACAGCACCCUCCACGCCAGACUCUAACACAUUGGAUGAGGAUUCCAUCAGUGAAGUGUCAUCACUGCGUGACUCCAAUAUUCUGGAUUCACAGUUAGAGCCUCUGCCACCCCCACUGGCCCUCCCAGCCCCUCCUUCCACCAUCACCACCACAACCUCCACAGACACCACCAGCACCACGUUGACCACCAGCAACAACAACACCACAGUCACUGACAACAACCCUAAUAACAAUGUUUCUGCCAUACCAGAGAUACCUAUUGCUGCCGCCGCUGCUGCUGCUACGGCUAAUGCUGCUGCUGGUGCCGCUGCUGCCACUUCACCUAGCGUAGCCUCAAACAGUGCUCUGAGUAAUCAUGUAGUUAACAUUAGUAUUGCCAACAGCCUCAUGUCAAACAGUGACAGCAAUAUGCUACAACAUGAGUGUGACAGCCACGAUAGUGGCGGUGGAGGCAGUGAGGUACCCUUUGGUGCAUCCGUGCGUCCCCCUGAUGGCUCUCCCCGCCCCCCUGUCCCUGGUGGCCCUGAAGCCAUCGUCCUGCCAGUCUCAAAUAACAACAACAAUAACAAUACAGAGGCAGUGGGCGGCCAGUCAGGCUACACAGUGGGUGGUGCUGUUGGUGGUUCUGGAAGUAAUAACAACAACAAUAACAAUAACAAUAAUAGCAACAGCAACAACAACAAUUCUGGGGGUGGCAGGGAUAAAAUUGGAGCUAACCUGGGACCCGGUCAGUCGGGUAAUAGCAGCCACAGCACCUCAGACAAUAUGGUGGGAUACUCAUCAGUUUCGGACCGCCUACGUUUUCAUGACAAGUGCGGCACGCUGGUCAAGCUGUCGAAUGGAGCACGCACGGCUGAGAGGAGGAGACCACUUGAUGAGUUCAACAACGGCGUGGUGAUGAGCUACCGGGCCCUCAGGGAGAAUGAACUGUUUGAGAUUCGCAUUGACCGACUGGUGGACAAGUGGUCAGGCAGCAUUGAGGUUGGCAUCACUACUCACAACCCCGGCCUGCUGGACUUCCCUGCCACCAUGACCAACAUGCGCUCAGGCACCACCAUGAUGAGUGGCACCGGCAUACUCACCAACGGCAAGGGUACCCACCGCGAGUAUGGGGAAUUCAACUUGGAUGAGCUCAAGGAGGGUGACCGAAUAGGCAUGAUGAUUAAGACGGGUGGGGAGCUACACUACUACAUUAACGGCCUGGACCAGGGCAUCGCUGCCACCACGGUACCCUCCCCUGUGUGGGCCGUUGUUGACCUCUACGGCAUGACUGUUAAGGUGACAAUUGUAGAGAGGGACGAGAGGGAAGAACAGAACCUCAUCACCAGACGGAACACACAGAUGGGCGACACGAAUUCAACACUCACAGAGGCCGCUCAGUCGGAUGAGGACAUUGGAGAGGCUCUGCUGUUCCACCACAACUGCGGCACCUAUGCUCAAGUAAUUAACAACGGUCGCACUGCUCAUCGGCCCAAUGCUGCCGAUGACUUUAACAAUGGUGUGGUUCUAACGCGCCGACCACUCAAGUCCAACGAGAUGUUUGAGGUGCGGCUUGACAAGUGUGUGGACAAGUGGGCCGGCUCGCUGGAGAUUGGCGUGACCACCCAUCCACCUACUGACCUGGAAUACCCCUCCACCAUGACCAAUGUGAGGUCUGGCACGUGGAUGAUGACGGGCAACGGAGUGAUGCACAACGGCACAACCAUCAUAGACGACUAUGGACUCAACCUGGACAGACUCAAGGUUGGGGAUCGUGUGGGUGUCAUUCGGAAGGACAAUGGCAACCUGUACUUCUAUGUAAAUGGGGUGGACCAGGGAUUGGCUGCUAGCAAUGUACCAGAGCAGGUAUUUGGGGUGGUGGACCUGUAUGGCCAGGCAGCACAGGCCACUAUAGUACAGCACGCAGACCACUGUGCCUCAGACGUCCUCCCCUCUAGUGUGUCCAGCUCCACCAUCUACAGCGAUCUGCGUUUCCAUCACCUCCAUGGGAAAAAUGCACGAAUCCUCAACGGGGGAUUGACUGCUCAGAGGCCCAACGCUCACGGAGAGUUCAACGAUGCAAUAGUGAUUAGCAACCGGCAGCUGCACGAAGGCGAGAUAUUCGAGGUGAUGAUUGACAAGAUGGUGGACAGGUGGUCGGGCUCCCUGGAGGCUGGUGUGACAGCCAUCCCUCCAGAGGACAUUGACUUCCCCAGCACCAUGACAGACAUUGACUAUGACACGUGGAUGCUGAGUGGCUCAUCUGUCAUGCGGGAUGGCGUGACAGUCAUGAACAACUACCGCUGUGACCUCGACUCACUGGUAGUGGGCACCAGAGUAGGCAUGAUGCGCCACCCUGAUGGUUCACUCCACUACUACGUCAAUGGGGAAGACCAUAUCCUGUUUCAGCGUGUUCUUGCAAACCAUAAAUAUCUCCACCGGCCGUCUUUUGUAGGGUUGUGGCCUGUGAUUGAUCUGUACGGCCAGUGUGCCCAGGUGACCAUCGUCCACAACCCCAUCAGACAUGACCAGUCUCUCAUUUCGGUGUCCCAGUAUCUGGACAUGUCGCACCUUUCCCUCCCGGCAGCAGGACAAACAAGUGUAGGGUCUGAGGUCAUCCACCGGUUCUCCAAGUGCUGUGGUGCAAACAUCACGCUGACCAACAACAACACGACAGCCAGGCGGAUCCGGCACUUCAACCACGGCCUCAUCUUUACCUCACAUCCCCUGGAGCCAGAGGAACUUUUUGAGGUGUCUAUUGACCGUGCUGCGAUUGGCUACUGUGGGUCCCUGGCGAUUGGCCUCACCUCCAUGCCCAUCAGUGACUCCUACCCAACAGUGAGUCUCCCAGCCACUGUGUCAGGCAUUGAGUCAGCUGAUGCCUGGUGGGUGAGUGGCUCUGAUGUGUGGCGGAACGGCAACUCUGUUCUUCGCCUCAACUACUGCCCCAACCUGGGACGGCUGCUGGUGGGGGACCGCGUGGGCAUCAAGCGGACCACUGAUGGGGCCAUGCGGCUCUACAUCAAUGGGGAAGACUUUGGUGUGGCAGCUACUAACAUUACUAAGCGUGUGUUUGGCGUGGUGGACCUGUUUGGCUUCACUGAGUCUGUGGUGGCCACAAGCGUGUCUCGUCAGGCCUCAUCACCAGUCAUGGACUCCACUGUGAUAGCCUCAAACAAUAAUGCAGUAUCCCAGGACUCCUUGGAGCUAUCUCAACCAGAGUCUCGCCACCCUGCUGCACUGGGCUCACUUUCCUCAGGGUUUCAUCCAGCCACCUCGGCCCAUAUCCCACCCUUAGAUGUGCGACUCCCCGUUGAUACUAAGGCUAUGGCAGCUGAGCAUAAUAGGCAGGAGGCAGGACAGAGCAGCCGGCACACUCAGCCACCAGACACACGGCCCGCACCUCACCGGGAACAACAGCAGGACCCUCAAGCGGAGACUCGGCAGAUGGUGACCAGCAGUAAUAAAGAUUCUUCCUCCCUCAUCCAGUUUCAUGAAAAUACCGGGAAGAACAUUCUGCUCUCCUCUGACCGGCUGUCGGCGAGACGGUCGGAGAGCUACAACCAGGGUAUUGUCAUGUCCGCCCGUCCACUGCCCAGGAAUACAGUGUUUCAGGUUCGUCUUGGUCCCCUCAACCCACGGUGGUCAAGCUCUCUCAUGCUCGGGGUGACUGCCCAGCCCCCAGAGAAGCUCCAUCUCCCCAACACAGCCUUCGCCCUCAAGAGAAACACUUGGAUCAUAUCAGGGGACUCCGUCUUCUACAAUGGAGUUAAGAUCAAGGGUCGCUAUGGACCAGACCUGGACAGCUUGGCCGGGGGCAGCGGGGGGGCCGGGGGUCACGUGGUGGGGGUGCGGGUGGAUCAUGAGGCUCGACUGCACCUGUUAGUCAAUGGUGUGGACCAGGGUGUGGCAGCCAAGGAAAUUCCACCCACGGUGUAUGUUGUGUUGGAUCUGUACGGACAGUGCCAAGAGGUUGCAAUCUGCACCAGUAUUAGUGUCAUUAGCAGUGAUUCAAGUGCCAUCACAACCUCCACUCCCACCACCACCAUUACCAACACCUUCGCCACCACUGCUGCCGCCGCCUCAGCCUCCAGCAUUGCCACCAACAACUUGCCGGUGACCCCCACCAACACAAGCACCCAGGCGGGGCAGGAACAAAACAAGAAGAAUCUCCUUAAAACUCACCACCAUCACCAUCAUCACCACCACCACCACCACCAUCACACACACAACAUUCAACAGCAGCAGCAGCACCAACAACAGCAGCAACAGCAACAACAACAACAGCAGCAACAACAGCAGCAACAACAACAAUCACAACAACCACAACCACCACAGCAACAGCAACAACAACCACAACAACAGCAGCAGCAGCAGCAACAACAACCACAACAACAGCAACAGCAACAGCAGCAGCAGCAGCAGCAACAGUCCCCUCAGUCACAACAAACAUCACAGCCAUCACAGGGCCAAGACAACAGUAGCAGUAACAUCAGCAAUGAGGUGCGGCAGCCCGGCUCUAACAUUGAAGCAGAGCAUAUCACACAGUCUCAGCCACUCAAGGACAAGGAUAGGGGUAUAAUGAGGAGUUUACCAGACAGCACAAUAGUCAAGAACUGUGAGUAUCAGAACAUGUGCUACAGAUUCAAGGCUUCCUUGGCUCUCCCCGAGGGCUACUUUAAUUCUGAUGGCAACCAGUGCUACUGUGAGACUUGCCACAAGAUACGUGGAGAUGAGCCAUACUACACUAAAGGUAGCCCACCGAAGCAUUAUGCACAACCCUUUGGAUGGUGCCGGUUUGGUUUGGUAAGUGGUGUAGGAGACAAUAACGAGUCCUGGCACAUGGCAUACCACGGCACGCGGCCGGGUGCUGUGCGUCGCAUGCUGGACAAGGGGGAGCUGCUCUUCUCAGGUGAGCUGGGCGUGAGCUCCACCCUUGCUGGUCGCCGCAGUAAGGAUGAUGACAGUGAUGGCUCCCAGCUGUGCUUCUCCCCCACCAUCACAUACGCCUCGUCACAACCUUUUGCUUCAGCCGUCCUGUUUGUGGACCCGUGCACCAGGAAGAGGGUUCAGGUACGAGUGGUGAUGCAAGUGGCUGUCAAACCCGGCUCCUACAAGGUGGGAUCCCCUUCAGUGCCCUGGACUCCCACCCCGGACACCCACCUGCAUCCAGACACCAUUGAGUGGGUGACCAAGGAGCGAGGUGCCACCCAGCUGUUGGCACUGCUGGUCAGUCUUGAGGAGAAGUGAAGCGCUCAAAUGCUACUGAUGCAGAGUAGCUUUUGUUGUUUGUUUGUUUUGUCAUAAAUCUGAUAUUAACUGCUUCCCUCCAAGUAAAAUACUGUUAUCUGCAAAUUGUUCUUUAAUUUGUAAAGGUACUGUGGCAUAAAUCCAAUUGCAUAAUAUGUAAGAUAUUCAUGAUAUAGUACAAGUACAUGCUGGACAUGAGUAUUGGAUCAGCCACCGGGAGACCUACAAGGCCGUUGCGGGCCACUUCACCGACAAAAAAAUUUGUCCUUAUCACCAUAGUGAUGCACCUUUACAGAUUGAAGUCACAGCUUCUCAAAUUAGUGCCACGUGUAGCUUGAAAAGCAACUGGAUUAAAAAUCCUGGGUGACAAAAUUUUUUUUAAAUUUUCACAUUAAUUUGAAUCACUACUAUAGUUUUAUAUUGAAAAGUUCCCAAGCAAAAGUUAUUGUAGUCAUAUAAACUGUGAUCUUAUAAACAAGUAAUUGUAAAAUGGAAGUAUUGACAUAUGUGACUCCCAUCUGAAUUUUUGGUAAGCUUUUUACAGAACUGACUUGUUUGCAAAGCUCUAUGGAUUAAGUUAAGAUGAAAAAGUCAAUUGUAUGUAACAUUACAUGCUGUGUGUGUCCUUACAGGGUAAUUCAUUUUUGUGAUGAGCUUUUGUGGUAAAACAUGAUAGAUGCCAUAAUUUCAAGAUGUCAGUAAGAAUAUCUUUAAUUUUGCUGCAGAGUAUUUUGAUAAUUCUACACUCCUUGAUGAUCCUCAACCACUCAGAAAACUAAAUUUCUUUUACACUUAUCAUAAACAAUACAGUUUUUUUUGAUCUGGGAAUUGUUCAUCCCAUGACUGGUCCUUGUCCUCGCAGCAAGACUAGCAUCACUGGCCUCAUUGUGGGUGGCAAGCACUCUGGCCCUGCUGAGCUAAGUAACAUUCCAUUCUACAACUUAACUGGAAAGUAUGUGACUAAAUUAUGUGUUGUUAAGUUCUCAUUUUAGUCAUGAUAUGUCAUUGUUUUAGUGUGAAAGUAAGUACAUUUGCAGUAAUUAGUAUGUAUAAGAUUUAAAUGGAGUUGGAGUUAACAAUAUCCUUUAUCAGAAUUUAAGAAUAAUACUUCAUUACUAUGCAAGUAUGUUAGUAGUAGAUUUUUUAUUGAUUACUAAUGGUAUAUGAAAGCAAGUGCCAGAAUCCAUCUACUGCAAGAUGAAUUACUCCAAAAAAGUUACACUUGGUUGCUUGCAAUGUAUUGAAUAGAUACUGAUGGCGUGAAGGAGUAAUCAAGUGAUGAGGGCUGGAAGACCCAGAAAUUUGACAUUUGCAUGCAUGUGCAAAGGGGACUAAUUGUGUGUGCAUCUGUGUGUGUGCAUGUGUGUGUGUGUGUGUAGAGUUGAUUGUACAAGUGUACUAUUAUAAACCCAAAUUCAUUUCUCCAUCUGUUGUGUUCCUCAGUGAUGCUUCGGAUACUGUGUUGACUGGCAGCAAAAAUAUCAUGUGGUAACUCAGUGGCAGAACAACUUGGUUGACCUGCACUAAGUCUGCUGGGAUGGAAAGAACAGCAGAGCUUUGUUAACUUUAUCAGGGAUUUAAGUGCAGCUUUAAUAUUUUGCCACAUUUUUGUAACUCCAUACCAUAAAUUUGAGAUCUAUUAGAAGGCAUGUCACCAAGCUCCAUUCUAUUUCUCAUAGGCUCAUGCAGUAAGAAAAUUUUACUGUGGAAAUGAUUUCUUAAAGCAAUGCUAUUCCUGCCACAUUCUAAGUAAAUGCAUCAUUGUCUGCAUAUUGUUCUGAUAAAGCUGAAUAAAGCAAAUGUUUUGCUGAGUGAGUGAAACUUAUUCAUAAGUUAAUUUGAACAAACUACAGCUUUCAGUUAUGUACUCUGUUUGCAAGUAAUAUUAGUUUGAGGUGGAUACAGAAAAUAUUGAAAAUAUUUCCCUAUUGAUUCCUGUUGUAUUCUUGAGGUCUCGCACAUGUCAUUUCGUAUAAAUUGCCAAAAACUUAUCUUACCAUUUUCAUGAACAGAAAAAUAAUGCUGGAAAUGUAUUUGAUCUGUAAAAUACUGUAGAUUAGAGUGUUUGUUUUGAAGAGUCAGGAUUGUGUUAGAUCCACUGUGACGCAGCAGGAUGAUAAUGUUGAUGAUGCCCUCGCGUGCUGAAGGUCUGACAAGCCUCGCUGCUUGUGGUGAUAAUGAAGUGCAAUAGUUAUACCUACCCUGUAACAAUCAGAAUAUGGUUAUUUUGUUGGAAUUUUGGGAGCAAUCUAUUUUUCCUUUGACAAUAACUUACAGAAAAGGUGUUGUUUUGAGGCAUUAAUUUAUCUGAUUACCUGUGUGGUAAAUAUGAGAGGAUGAAGUUGUAUUUCAUUGAAUAUGUUCAUGAAUAUGUUCUGUCGAAUGGGUUAUCCAAAACAGCACUAGUCUAAACAGCUCCAAGAAAAUCACACUGGAAUUAUUGACUCUCAUUCUGCAUAUACACAAUGAAAAGUAUCCAGAUUUACCCAGUCAAUCCAUCCAUUGUCUCAGCCUCAUUUUAUACCAGGCAGGAUAAGGGUUUCCAAUUCAAGAAAGAAAAAAAGUAAAACAAAGGGAUAAAAGGAUACCCAGUGAAGUAGCUCACAGUCAUAUUCACACACCAUUUGAUGACUGCCAUCCUCUCCUGUAUCCCAUUUACUCCCCUCACACUCCAUACAGCCACUUCCUCAUACAGAUGUCAUUGUUCAGGCAGACUGAAUGUUGAACGGGCAUACUCCAGGACCAAAACACUGAAAAGAUAGUAGAAAGAAACUAGAAAGAGAGGAUGAUAAUUAUGGAGCACACAGUUGUUUUCAUCAGGCAGGUGGUUAUUAUUUUCUAUCAUCCAAGUUUACCAUUCAUAGAAUUUACAUGUAUAUAUUCAUAUAUGGCAAAAUGCUCAUUUGUUUCACAUUUUGAUAGUUUUACAAUUGAGUUUGAGUGUCUGGGUGUGGUGACUGGGUAUAUGACAUGCUCAUGGCUCAGCUAGUCAGUGUCUACGUAAGCCGUCGUUAGUGGAGUACAGACAAAACAUAGUGCUAGACACGCUAGGAAUCACCCAUUGCUGUAGUUUUGAUUAAGCUAAAAGUCUGUAGUGAUAAUAUAGUUGUAUGAUAGUAAUCACAGACAACAAAAAACAUGAUCACCUCUAUCAACCAAGGUCAUUAUGCAAGUACAGUGAAAGCAUUUAUAAAGUUUAAAAUUUAAUCUGUUUAUUGUAAGAAAGCUGCUGGAUACUGUGGUGACCUAUUAAGUUGUCACUCCAACUGUACACCAGUAGCCACAUUUUUAACUUACCAAUAUUGCAAUAAGCAUAAGACUUUAAAAGGGGGAAAGGAUGAUUACCUCAUGGUUAUAGCAGGGUCUAACAUAAACCAAUAUUUUGUUCUCUUGUCAUAGGAAAAAUAGGCAUGCAUCAUGCAGUCCUUGGUAUCCACCAUCAUGUAAAUUAAAGUGAGACAAAUGGUUGUUACAAUAGCAAAGAAAAAUAUGGUCCAUCUUUUCAUUCAUUUCAUUAUCACAUGGUUGAACAAUGAACAUGAUGCUAGACAUUCAGCAACUAGCAGUGUGCAAAUGCAAGAAAUCAUGAGUUCAUUCCAUUUUCCAUUGUGUAUAUAAAUGUUUUCUAGGUUUUUACUUUUUGUAAGUAUGGAAACCUUUUAUGUACAUAUGUAUGUAUGUCUUUGUGUGUGUAUACCUGUGUGUAUGUAUAAUUUAUUUAUUCUCACUAACAUUUUUCUUUAUAAUGUAAAGGUUGCCUAAAUUGAAUUAAGUCUUUCUUUAAGAAAACAGAGUAAUAGGUAAAGUUGCAUUUUGGAAGCACAAAAAUGUUAUGAACCUUCAAUUUCCCAGACCUCAGUUUCAUGGAGUUUGGAUUUUCUGGACAAAAACAUUCUGAAUAAAAAAUUUCACUGUGCCUCCAUUUUCUGAAAACUGACUGUGAUUCACUUAGCUGGGCUUGGUGAAGAGGUGGCAUUGAUAGCCAAAAAACUUAGUUAUUGCUCUCAAAAGUAUUGUUUAUAUAUCUUCAUUUACACUUCAUUUGAAAAAUGAAGACUCCUUGGUUAUUCAAACAACAAUUCCUCUCCUUAAGUCUGCUGAUUGUUUGCUGCACUACACUUCCAAGGUAUGUGAAAUUUUCUAAGAUCUUGAUGUCCUUGCGACACACCUGAACAGAGUAUACUGUUUCAGCCAAUGAUGUGAACUCGGACAGCUCAGGCCUCUGCAAAUUCAGCACUUGGUUGGGAAUUCACAUGAGAAAUAGAUAAGCAAGCACCUUGCCUUGCAUACUGAAAAGUGGUUUACUUCAGUUGUUACAGUCUCGAUGGUCCCCUUUCUCUUUCUAGAUAGGAACAAUCAGCCCCUUUCCCAGUCAUUAGAAAUGGUGUCAAAUUGCCAUAAAGCAACCAAUGCCCCAUGCAACCUGUGGAUCAUGGCUGCAUCUUCAGCUUUGAUCAACUUGGAAGUGAUUUUAUAAACACCAGCUGGCUUUCCAGUGCUCAACCUUACCACAGCUUCUCUCAUCUGUGCCUGGCCUCAUUGCUUAUUUGUGUCUCAUUGGCUCAUGAGCCUGUGAUAUCUUGGGACACAAAGUAAUUGUGACAUUCGUAACUUUCCCCGGGUACUUAUUUAUCGACCAGCCUGAAAGGGAGGAUGAAUAAUUGGCUGAGCUGCUCUUUGACUGCCCAGCUGGAAUUCAAACCUGGGUCCAUGGAUUUGGAGCUGGGCAUACUGACCACAAUACCAUAGAGGUGCUGAGUCAAUGGGUGGGUCAGCAUCCACUAUUUGUUACCCAGGGAUUGGGUUACCAUCACCAAAACUUAAAGAAAGGAGGCAAGUUUGCUGCAAGAUUUAAGUCAUGUUGAGUUUUCGAUGACUGCCAGGAUGUGUUAAUCACAAGUAACUUACGAAUUAAAAAGUAAAUUAGGAGACUUACUUCUUGCCUUCAGGAAGCUGUGUCUAAGAAACCAGAGUUGUUGGUGGCAUCAGACUACCAGCACCACCAAGCCAACCCUUCUCACUUCUUGCCCAUUCAUAGUAUCUUGUCCAGGAUUUCCUAACCAAGCUCAGGAUUCCUCAUAUUCAGCAAACUCCCUGUUCUCCUGACAAGGCUCUGUGCAUUAGGUGGCUGUUCCCUAAACCUAAGAUGACAUCAGAAAAGCAACUCUGAAAAUUCUAACUGUGGAAGGACCAUUGGCUCAAUGUGUAGAAGCCCAGAGGAGCCUUUGAAGGGGUAUGAAGUAUUGACUGAAUAGGUAAGCUGCUUUCUUCUUUCUAGCCAAAGGCCAAAUAUUUUUUAUUUAUAUCUAAUAUUAUUAUUAUUAUUAUUAUUAUUAUUAUUUUUUUUUUUUUUUUUUUUUUUUUUUUUUGUGUGUGUGUGUGUGUGUGUGUGUAAGACCUGCAUUCUUAACUAUGUGUUUGAAGAAGUAAGAAAGCAGUCAUGUGCCCUUUAAUCUGUUUAAAGCCUUGGUAGUUCACAUGAUCCAUAAUCUGUGUGACGGGUUCAUGCAGGAGGUACAGUGACUCGAUGCCAUCUCCUUUAACUGUUGUUCUGGCUUGCAUAAGGAAUAAUAAGUAAAAUAUACUUUAUAUAUGAACUUUGUUACUGGAACUUGGUGCAGCAUCAUUGUUUCAGUGUCAAUCAUGAAAUUUAAUUUAUGGUAUAAUAGAAAUAUGAAGUGGUAUAGAAAAUAAGAAACUUUUUAUUACUGCUUUUUAUGUGCAGCAAUGAAACAUACUGCAGCUUGGCUUAUUUUCAUGUUGUCUGUCAGUUAUUUAAGCUUAAAACUUCCCAUUACUAUAUGCAUAUACACUUUCACACUCAAUACAGUUUAGAUUGUUAGUAUAUAUAGGUUGUAAUUUGUAAUUGGCCUUGAAAGAGUUGUUUUUAUAACAAAGCAUAUUAUGUGAAUCCUGACAUCCCAGCAAUGAGGUUAGGUUGUCCAACACACACACACACACACACACACACUCAUAAAUAAACACACACAGUUACAUACAUACUUACAUUUAUACAUACAUCCGUAGUGUAGAGAUUAGCACACUUGGCUCACAAUUAAAAGAUCUUUGUUUUGAUCUCCGGGCGGUGUGGAGACGGACGGGCAAUUUCCUAAUGUCAUGCCUAUCCACCCAGCCGUGCGUGGGUGCUGGGAGUCAGGUGAGGGUUGUGUCCUGCCUCCCGGGUGUUGGAAGUCUAGGGGCACCAAAUGAGGACCAGAUUGAAAGCAAAUAUCCAUCAACUAGUUUCAUGUGUUAUCCUCAGUAUAUAAAGGUACCAAAAAAGAAACCAAUACCAACCAAUACAUACAUAUAUAGAUAGACAGCUAGUUAGAUAUGUAGACGUAUAUGAAGUUAGAGAGGGAAUCAGAGAGAGAGAGAGAGAAACAGCCUAAUAUGCCACCUAACACUUAGUGGUACUCAUGACAAAGUAGGUUUCUUUCUACUGUGAUAUAAUUUUGCCAUACUUUGUAUAGUUUUCUCUUCGGGUAGACAAUUACGUACUUUGGUUGUUCAUUGUCAAUGUAAGUUGUGCUAUGUGUUGUUUUUUUAUUGAAUAAGUUAGUUGUACAAAAGUCUCACACAGCUGGCAGUACAAUAAUACAUGUUUGCUUCACUUCCAUGCUCCAACCCCCAGUGAGCCAGGCUGUGAUGGGAAGCAAGUGUUUCUAUUACUUACUUUAGUCUUGCUGAUUGCUUAUGAGCUGCCUGCUUCCUUGUCUGUGCGGCAGCCCAGAGUUUUCAAUACUCAUGCAAACUACACCUGAUAUAGCUUGUUUGUCUUCUUUCCUUUAUGGGAAUUUAUGGAAAAUAUAUCCUUGGGAAUAUGA